ACUAUUAAUUGCUCUUCUCAUCCUCUGUACUUCAAUCCUAUUCACGUGUGCUUAUCACCACUUCUACUUUGGAGUAUUAGGUAUCUUUUAUUCUCUUCAAAUUCUCUGCCUCCUUUUGCAAAUUAAAGAUAUGGACGGACGUCGCCGGAAGCAACCAAAGACUAGUGGCUGCUGCUCUGAAGAGGUGAGCAGCAUUGAGUGGGAAUUCAUAAACAUGUCUGAACAAGAAGAGGAUCUAAUUUAUAGAAUGUACAAACUCGUUGGUGACAAGUGGGCCUUAAUUGCUGGUAGGAUUCCAGGUCGAAAAGCUGAAGAGAUAGAAAGGUUUUGGAUCAUGAGACAUGGAGAAGGAUUCGCCAACAGACGAAGAGAGCUCAGCUGAAGCAGCACAUCCUAAUUAAAGAAGAAUAGUAAGGCUUGCAUUUGCAUGCCUUUUCUGUAGUAUGCUGUAUGUCACCAGGUGGUUCUUGUAUUUUUUAUGGAAUUAUGCUAGUAGUAGUUUUAUUUUGGGUUUAAUGCAUUCAAUCCUGCUUUCUCCAUUGUAUGAAUUUAUUCGAAAAGAAAUUAUCUUAUUAAUUUUAUGGAUUUAAA